GAACUAAGUCCAUUUUAUUUGUUUUGAUUAUUUCAAAUAUAUAAUAAGUAUCAAAACAAACGUGUGUAUAUAAAAAUGGAAUAUAAAGUGUCAAACCUUCUAGUUAAUAUUGACAAUAUUUGUCGCGUAUGUUUGACUGAAAAUGCGAAUUCAUUAUCGAUAUUUUGUCAAAAUGAAACGGAUGAAAAGUAUCGAGAUCUUUUAAAUAAAAUUCAAGAGUCCGGUGGGAUUAAAAUCGCCGAAGAUGAUGGCUUACCGACACUUAUAUGUUCCAAGUGUAUUAAUAAUAUAAAUAUCGCUUUUAAAAUACGCCAACAAUGCCAACGCAGUGACACAUUGUUACGAUUAUAUUAUAAAAAACUUAAAGAGUCUAACCUCAAAACCAUACAUUAUCAGGAAACGCUUCAACCCGAGCUGAUACCCCACGAAAUUUCACAAUCCAGCCAGGACUUGUUCAAUUACUUGGAAAUCCAGAGUAUGGACGCCGAGGAAGUUGUCGUUGGUCAAGAAGAAGUACCUAGUGUCGAAAGCGCUGAGAUGACUGACGACGAACCGCCGUCAUAUAAACUAAAGUUGCAGUUACUCGAGAUCGGCAGCACAGCCAGUAAUUCAUCAAUCGUUAAUUCUCAAAAUUCGCGUCCGCCAAAAACUCAAAACAAAGUUUACCCAGAGCAUCUAGGUGCUUUCGAAGCUCUAGCCUUCGAUCCGAACCAGUCAAGUGGUAAAAAGUACACGUGUUCAAUAUGCGCACAGGGAUUCGCUUCACUUAAGAUAUUGAGACAGCAUCGAAAAGUUCACAAAGACGAAUUGUAUGUUUGUAAAAUAUGUCCAGUACGCUGUGCCAAGGCAGAAGAAUUAGCGAUGCAUCUUAAGUCACAUCAGCUGACCCAAGAAGCUGUUGCUGCUAUACAAAUAAAUAAUCAUAAUAAUCCAGACGACUACGGUGACUACGAUAUGAUCGACGAUCAGCAGGAAAUAGAUCGAUAUAAUGAGCAGUUACUGAGAGAUGACAAUUCUGACGGAACAAGUUACAAAGCCGGAAGUAAAAGAAAUUUAUCGGAUGGCUAUAAGAUGGAUCUUUCAUCUAAAAAAUUAUUAUUACCGAGUAAUAGUAAUGAUAGUAGUAAUCAUAGUAAUAGUAGUAAUAAUGGUAUUAUACAUAGGUGUGAAAUUUGCGGUCAAACGUUUUUAAAAGAAAAAGGAUUAAUGCGACAUCGCGCUUAUCACGAAUCACGAGUUAUUUGUGAUAUUUGUGGUAAAGUUUGUUCCAAUCAAAAUUGGCUUGAAUCACACAAAAAAUUAGCCCACAGUGGUAAUACUAAGUCUGAAACAAAUACUUGUUCUUAUUGUAAAAAAACAUUUUACUUUAGCGCUCAUUUAAUGUCACAUUUAAAAAGAGUACAUAGAGCUUUUAUGAGGCGUAAACGUGUAAAGGCGGCUGAGUUAUUGGCUAAAAAUUGCAUUAAAAUAAGACAUAAAAAAUUGGAUUGUUUUUUGAACACCCUGCUCCACGAUGCUGUUCGAUUGGGACAGCUUAAAGUUGUUAAAAUACUUGUGAGUAAAGGUGCUGAUGUAAAUGCAAGCAUUAGAAAUGGGAUGACUCCUCUUCACAUUGCAACUAAACGUGGAUAUCUCAAGAUUAUGGAUUAUCUUCUACGUAAUGGUGCAGAUGUGAAUGCAAGAUGUACAGGACCUUAUUGUGUUAGAUUUACGCCCCUACACUUCGCUUGCGAAUCGAAAAAUCUUAAAUAUGCGAAAUUAUUACUAAAACAUAAUGCUUCUGUUAUUCCAACAAACAAUGAUGUUCAUCCGAUUCAUAUUUCGGUUUGUUCUCUUUAUUUAAAAAUGACUCAAUUGUUAUUGGACUAUGGCGCAAGUAUGGCUGUUAACAAACGAUUUCAUUUGGAUCAUUUUCAAAUCAAAGGUUUUACAAUGGGUUUCAAUGCUCGAGGAUAUACGAGGAGAGAAGAAGCUACAGUACGAUACGGGGAUGACAAUUUAACUUUAUUACACCACGCAGUUACUCGUCAUUCUAUACCUAUGGCAAAAUUAUUAUUGGCAUAUGGAGCAGAUGUAAAUAUUUUAAGCAAUACUGGUUUAUCUCCAUUGUCAGAUGCUGUAGUAGACCAUAAUAUUCAAAUGGUUAAGCUCUUAUUAAAAAACGGAGCUCUUGUAAACUACGAUUUUGAUGGCUGUAAAAAGAUAGUAAUAAAAAAAGUUAUUAAAGACCGAGACGGUAUAAAUAUAUAUUAUUGUAAAUCACAGUAUAAUUUAGCCGAUAAAAAAUUAGAAAUCAUCAAAUUACUAAUUGAUGCAGGAGCUAGCAGCAAGGUAUCAGAUGGUGACCAUAGUCUUCUCUUUUACUGUAUUUGGUUCGGGUAUAGAGAAAUUGUUAACUAUCUUCUGUAUCACACCGAUUUCAAUUUCUUUUUUGUACAGAGCUAUCCAGUCUGUCUUGCUCUUUUUAAUGAAGAUCUUAUAGAUGAAACUCCAGAGAUUGCCAAUGACACAGAGUAUAUCACAAAACGGAAGCUCGAAUUUAAAGAACUUCUAUACGACUUGUUAACAGAUUAUCAUUCGAAAUAUUUUUUAGGUUUCCCGGUAGAUAUCGAGAGAAGUUAUCAAGACUUGAUUGUAAGUCCAUUUAAUCUUGAAAUCACAGAAGAAGAACAUAAGGAUAGAGUUGAACAAAUAAAAAAAAAAAUUAAAGGAGUUGUGCAUGAUUUAAAACGUGAAAAAAUUGGUGAUAGUUAUAUUACUUUUUAUCAUAUUCUUACUGUAGAAACGUACCAAUUAAUAAGUAUCAUAAUGAGCGAGUGUUACCUGGAUUUUGAUAGAGUUUGUAGAAUAUGUUUAACAGAGUCACAACCUUUAACAUCAUUGUUUUGUAAUGAUUCAGUACCAGGUGUUUUUCCAAGUUUAUCACAAAGAAUAUCAGCAUGUGGAGCUAUUGAAAUAAACGAGAGAGACGGAUUGCCAUCAUCAAUAUGUGACAGUUGUAUUUACAAAGCAAGUGUGGCACAUGAAUUUCGUGAACAGUGUCAGAAUUCUGAUGCGCGAUUACGUCUCUGUUACGACAAACCAACUCGCUUACAAUCAAAUUUUCAGGACUCAAGCACUCAAACAGAAACCGAAGAGAGAGCAAUGGCUAAAAAUGUUAAUUCAAAUUAUUUUGUUAAAGAAGAAAUCCAAGGAUUAAGUCAAGAUUUAAAUUCAAUAGUUUAUCAUCAGAAUCCACAAGUUGAUGUAACAGACAAUCAAAUAGUCUCUGAAGAUAAAUUAUUUCUUUGUAAUAUUGGGUACCAGGCUAAAGAAUUGGAAAAGGAAUCAGCGAUGACUCAAGACUCUGUUCAUCAUCAAGACUCUGCUCAUCAUCAAGACUCUGCUCAUCACCAGGAGUCUACUCAUCAUCAAGAACAGCACCAGAUUGAACAUCAGGAAUUACAGCAUCAAGUUCUAGUUCCAGAGUCGCAGCACGUGUCCAUCCAAGUCGCGAUGGAAACUGAAGAUUUGACGGAAAAUGUCAGCACGAUAAGCGAAAUAAAACCUGCUGCCACAGAGUACAUCACUGAUGAAUUACUGACAAAUGAUGAGACUGGUAACGAAGACGAAGAAUUGGAAGACGAUGACGAGGAGACUGAUGCCCACGUUGCCGAGUUUGAAAAAGAACAAGACAUUUCAAUAGAAUUAGAAGAACACAAGUGGACUGGAGAGAUUGAGGAGCCGGCACCCAGCAAAAGGUUGACGCGCAAAGCUAAAGACAUUGCGGGAAAAUCCUACAGCGUUGAUGAACUUGAUGAAGAUUUGCCUGAUAAUAAUGACAAUGACGAUGACGACGAGCCUAAAUUCAAAUGUAAAGUUUGUUCCAAACGUUACAAUACGCAGAAGGGUUUAAAAAAUCAUUCUCAAGUUCAUGAUAAAAAGCACAAAUGUUCUGUAUGUUUUAAGUCAUUUUACAAUAUUGAAAAUAUGGAAAAACAUGCGAAAGUUCACGAUUCAAAGCCUCAUGCGUGCCAACUCUGCCACACGUCUUUUACAAAACCCCAGAGUUUAGUCCGGCAUUUAAAAAUCCACUCGGAAAAAUUUCAGGGCAGUAAUAAUAAUAAUUUAAAGAACAAUGACAAUGGCACAGUAUCAAUAGUAAGGACUGAAGAUACCGAAGACGAUGACGAUGGCUCUCAGACAAAUGAAACAGACGAAUUUGACAGUGCGCCUGGUUUGUACAAAUGCGGUGAAUGCAAUCAAUUUUGUUCCACAUUAAAAAAUUUAAAAAGACACUCAUUGAUACACGGUGACAAAAAAUAUUCAUGUACGGUUUGUAAAAAAUGGUUUUUCCGACCAGACACGUUGAAAAAACACGCCGAAAAACAUGGGCAUGGUUUAUUAGACAAUCUGGUUGAUGAAAAUAAAUUGUAUGAGUCUGAUGACGAGACAUUUAAUCGCAGCAAUUCUACUACCGGUAAUAAUUCAAACGGGACCAAUGACCCUGACAAAAAACUAGACAGUGAUGAAGAUGCUUCUGGUGAAUACAAAUGCCAGCACUGUGACAAAGUGAUGGCAACUAAAAAAGGACUAAGACGUCACGUGUCAAUGCACAAACCAAAAGCUGAACCAGUAACAUGUGAGAUUUGUAAAAAAGUGUGCGCUAGUCAGGCCAGACUUGUUCUUCAUCAAAGAACUCACAAUAAGCCGAAAGAAAAAGUACCGCGGGAAUAUCUUUGUCAUAUAUGUAGCAAGGUAUAUCCGAGCAAUUCCUCGCUGACUUAUCACAUGAGGACACACACGGGUGUUAAACCUCACGUAUGUCAGACAUGUAACAGCGGGUUUACAACAACCACGAGCCUUGCAAAUCAUAUUCGCAUACAUACUGGCGACAAGCCCUUCGUUUGUCACGUGUGCAGUGCCGCGUUCGCCGUCAGCUCGGCCUUCAGGCGUCACUUGACGCGUCACACUGGAGAAGCUAAUUAUCUGUGCAAAACAUGCGGCAAAGCGUUCAAGAGACUCAGUACACUCAAGGAACACACGUACACACAUUCAGGAGAAAAACCUUACGUUUGUAAAACCUGCGGGGCUGCUUACAGCCACAGUGGAAGCUUGUUCGCUCAUCAGAAACGCUGCCGAGCUCAGUAUGGUGAGAUGGUCAACUCGGAAAAUAAUCAUUCGCAUAUUUCGCAUCAUAUUAAUGUUAGUAAUGUGCAGACAGCGGUCAGAUCGCUUGCUGUCAUUGGACAAAUAUUUUAAUUUAUUUAAUCAUGUGUUAAAAACAAAUUCAAAAAAAAGGUUGGUGGAAACUUAUAAAUUUGAGACAGAGUAGAACUCGGGUGGAAUUUUUUUUGAACUUUUGUAAUUAUGAUUUUGAAGUUGACAAUCAAAAAUUUUCUGUUUUUUUUUUUCAGCAAAUAGGAAUUUUGAACUUUUUCGAAGCUAAGGUAAAAUGUAGAAAAAAUUUUCUUUUUUUACUCAAAUUUCGCUCAUUAAAUCCUAGAUAAUUUUUUUUUUUAUUAUUAAGUUACGAAAAUUCAAAAAAAGUUCCACUCGGAAUUCUAAUCUGUCUCAAGUUAAAAAAUUUCACGUUAAAUUUUUUUGGAAUCUUUUUGGAGCGAAUUUUUUUUCACACGGGAAUUUAUUAUUUAUAAUUUAUCGGUUGAUAUUUUAUUUACGCUUAAAUAUUUUUAAAAAUCAUGAAUUCUAUAAAAAGACAAAAUAUAAAUUUUUAAAAUUAUUUUAUAUAAAUUUAUUAGUUGAUAUUAUUUUAUACUUGAGUAUCAAUCUUUGAUUUAAAUAAAUAUAUAGUAUAAAUAUUUUUAAAAAUUCAUAAAGUUUGUUUUAGUAUACGAUAAAAACUGUAGAUAUCCUCUAUUGUUCUCCAUAUCGAUUCAGUGAUAAUAUUCGUCAUCGAAAGGAGACUGAAUUAUAUAAUUAAUAUAAUAAUAAUUAAUAUUAAUAUCUAUUUUAUUUUUAUCUUAAUAUUUAAGAUAUAUCACCGAAUCGCUGCCUCAUCAAAUCUAUAAACUAAUGACUAAUAUUUUUUUUUACUAAAUCUAAAUAAUGACGAUGACGGCUAAGUAGUGAUUUACUUUAAAAAAUUUCAAGAGUUUAUUCAUUUUUUAAAAAUAUAUUUAGUAUAUAUUACGCAGCUUCAAAUAAUUUUAUUUACUGUACAAAUCGUAUCAACUUUUAUUAUACUACCAUAUAUAUAUAUAUAUAUAUAUAUAUAUAUUUUUUUUUUAAUAGCCAAUUUUUUGUAACUCCUGUAGUAUUUUUUCUUUUUUUUGAGAAUUUUAUAAAAGAGAAGAAAUGAUACUGAAGUUAGCAGACGUUUAAAAUUUUUUUGAUAUUUUUGGUGAAAAAAAAUUGCACUUAUAGUUUUUUUAAUUUUCUACAUGUGCAUAUUUUUAGUUUUCUUUUUCUAAUUGAUUUGUAGAAAAAAAAAGGCGUUGUUAACUGUCUGCUAACUUCAAGAUCGUGGGAAGAAAGAAAUUAUAAAUUUAUCACGUGAGAAUUAUCAAUUAUAACAAUAAGUUAUUUGAUACAAAAAAAAUGAUCAAUGUAUGUAUAAUUUUCUCUAUAAAAACGCUUAAAUAAU